ACUCCCUCUCUCUUUUAAGCAGCAACACACGAGCCGGCCAUAUUAGAGAGAUGGAAAUAAAGCUUCCUUAAUGUUGUAUGUGUCUUUGAAGUACACCUGUGCAUUUCUUUUUAGCAUUUAACCAUUUCUCCCUCAUAGCCCUCCGCCCCUCAAAUCACCCUCUCCCACCCCCCUCCCGACUAACAUCUCAGUCUGAAAAUGCACAAAGAUGCCUGGCUACCUCGCCCUGCCUUCAGUCUCACGGGGCUCAGUCUCUUUUUCUCUUUGGCGCGGAGCAUGGAAGUCACAGUACCGACCAACCUCAACGUCCUCAAUGGCUCCGACGCCCGCCUGUCCUGCACCUUCAACUCCUGCUACACAGUGAACCACAAGCAGUUCUCCCUGAACUGGACUUACCAGGAGUGCAGUAACUGCUCCGAGGAGAUGUUCUUCCAGUUUCGCCUGAAGAUCAUCAACCUGAAGCUGGAGAGGUUCCGAGACCGAGUGGAGUUCUCGGGGAACCCCAGCAAGUAUGACGUGUCGGUGAUGCUGAAAAACGUGCAGCUGGAGGACGAGGGCAUCUACAACUGCUACAUCAUGAACCCGCCCGACCGCAACCGUGGCCAUGGCAAGAUCAACCUGAAGGUCCUCCUGGAAGAGCCCCCUGAGCGGGAUUCCACAGUGGCGGUGAUCGUGGGUGCCUCUGUGGGGGGCUUCCUGGCUGUGGUCAUCUUGGUGCUGAUGGUGGUGAAAUGUGUGAGGAGGAAAAAAGAGCAGAAACUGAGCACGGACGACUUGAAGACAGAGGAGGAGGGCAAGACCGACGGAGAGGGUAACGUGGAGGAAGGCACCAAGUAACGGCGGGCGCAGGCCCUGUGCCCGCUCCCUCCACUCCGCCCGCACGGUGUGCCCCUGCCUGCCCUCUCAGUGUGCUUCUCUCGAACCGGGACCCCAGGGCCCACCUGGGCCUCCUAAACCCCUCACUGUGUCCCCCACCCUGCACCAAGAGUGAGCCACCUCUCUUUCAUUUGGGAAAACUGUCAUGACGUCUGGGAUGCGUGGGCCCUGGGGAGGGAGGAGUGGGCUCAAACCUGCCUGAGAGGAGGAGGGUGCCAGAGAGAAGAGAGGAGGGUGGGCAGUGUGGAGGGGGGGCUCCGUGUGCGCUCUGCCCAGCCUUGGGACUUGGCUGGUGGCUGCAGAGAGGACCUGCACUGGGGAGAGGCCUCCCAGCUCCCCCACUGCUCCCACCCUGGGCAGCCCUGUCAGACUGGGGGUGGCGCUGGGUCCUCUAACUUGGGGGCCUGUAUUGUCCCUCUCGGCUGCUGCCACAGAGGCCUUGGGCUUUGGGGUGAGGGUCCCAGUGGAAAGGGAGCUGGGUGGAUGGUGGUGUUCCAGGUGCUGGUCCUUUCCCACCAUAAUUACCCGCCGACAGGAAAUGAAUUUUGAAGUCAGCUGAGGGCGUGAGGGGUUGGGGGUGCAGGGUAGAGUGGCGUGGACGGCACCCCUCCACGGGGCAGCCACGGAGCAGAGGAGCUGGUGAGCAGAGCCAGACAGCCUUGUUCAGGGCCGAUCUGGACAGCUCUCCCGCCUCUUGCCCUCACUGGGGGUUCUAUGUCGCUUUUAGAGACAUCUGGGGAGGGAAGUGGGAAAUGUGAGGGGAGCCUUGGGCCUCAUUGUCGCGGGGCCAGGGAUUCUCUGGAGCCGCAUCACCCACCCUGAGCUCCCUCUGUGGGGAAGAAAGUAGGACUUGUGGGGAGCCAACUUUCACUGCCAUUUAUAAUCACAUUGAGGAAAUUGCUUAAGCCUCUAGACCGGGAGCGAGACAGAGAAAGAAACUGCUGGCUUGGAGAACAUUCCUUGGGGAGACCCUCAGAGACCAGCUCACCGAGUCACUCAGGCUGCAGGUGAGGAACAGGCAGUCAAACAGGCAGACGGAACCGAGGGUCUUGCCAGCAACUCUGGCCCCUCAGUCUCCAGUGUGAAUCAAGAGCCAUAGUUUUCCUGGCUGGAGGGGCCCCGGAGAUGGGGGAGGACAAGCGAAGGAAGUGGGCUCAUCUCCCAAGCCCCCCAGGCUGCGCUGGGCAGGGAUUGGCGCGAAGGGCUGAGGGCAGAGCUGUGGGCAGCGUCCCCUCUCCCCAGCGGCUGGCCCUCUGCAGCACUUUCCCAGCCUCCCCAGGGGCUCAGCCUGCCCUGGCUCAGGGAAUCAGUGCCCAGGGCAGGGACGAGUCUGGGGAAAGGGGGUACAGACAGGAACGACAGUCUCAGGGACCAUUCUCUGCCUCUGCCCAUCAGAUGGCCAAUUUGGGGAGAGAGCAAUAGCAAAGGGGAGCUUCAGUUUAAUUCAUGUCAACUCAACACCCAUUUAUUGACCAUCUGCCACGUGUCGGGCACUGUGCCAGGGACGCACACAAAGCCAUAAUAGAGUUGGGAACUGCCAGGACAGCAUGGUGGGGACCAAGUUUAAAAUGUUGGGUGCAUCUAUUUCCACCUCAGCAGCCACUGCUUGUGGGGAUGGAGUUGAAAGGAAAGAAGGGAGACCGGGUGGGCCCUGGGAAGGGAGGAAGGCAGGAGAGAGGGAAGAGGGAGAGUGGCUGGGCAGAGUGGACGCGAGUGACCAGCCAGAUAGAUCCUGGGUGGGGUGAGGCCCGCUCAUCUGGAAAUUCUAACUCAACGGCUCAGUACCUAACUGCCAAUCAACACACUGCCAAGGAUGCCUGGGCCUGUGGACACUGCCCUGCAGGCCAGCUGCCACGGGGAGACGGGGGUGGCAGGCACCUCACUCCAGCGAGACCAAGGGUUGUCAGACACAACCACAUGCAGAUUCCACCUCUUCUGGACGCUCCUCUCCUGGAGGGGUAAGGGACAAUCUAUGCCAAUGUGGGAACUUUCUUUUUCCAGGACUCACAGGUAGGGGACUCAUUUGCAAGAUUCCCUGGGCUUAUUCUAACAAGUCCUAAGUCUCCAUUAAGAAGCCCAAGACUCCCGGGUUCCUCCCUGCUCUGUGUGGCCUCGCGGGGUCUCAGCAGAGCAGUGCCUCGCUACCAGCAGAUAGGGAAAAGCGGGGACCACCUUUGCACAGGGGCCCACCCUCAUACGCACUUUCUCCUCUAGCUUCUUAGAUGCUUUCCAGAGGCCUCAGAGCCGCUCCCCCAGGGCAAGGAGGUUGGGAACAGCAGGGCUUCUGUGAGUAGAGAUGGGGAGCUGUGAGAUGUCUCCCGGCAGCCAUUUCUCUAGCCUGCUCUGGAUACCAGCAAGCUGCCCCUCUUCCGCUUCGGGCUGCAUGCCCCUGUCCCUGCGCCCUGCUGAGUUGAGUCUGCCCAGCCCCUCCUGCUCUCCGCAGACGCCCUACCUGUCUCUUCCUCCUAAUUCAGGGCCGCUGUAAAGAGAGAAGGGCUGGCUGAUCUAUGAGAUUUCGCUUAUAAGAACAAAGCACACAUUUUCAGGACUGAAUCGCCUUGCGGUGCCUUGGAACUGGCUUUGGAAAUAGCUGCCUGCCCUCCCCUGGGGGCUCAUCACAGUUACACCCAAUUAUUACACAAAGGAGAAGUUGACCUGAGCCGUGUUUCUCCCUGCGAGUCUCCUGGGGAGGAGGGCUAGUCAAUAUUUAUGAGGUCAGGGGAAGCAUAUGGAUGAUUGAAGCUACUGGCUGGUCCAGAAGGUAGCCCCAGGCCACAGGAGGACUUGGUGUGCUGGAACAGGUGAUGGAUCAAGAAGUUUCCUUCCUACUAAUGUCUUAAGGACAGACAGCUUUUGUCUCUCGCUGUGCCUCUUGCUGUGUCUUCCUUUGCUGAAGCUUGCUGAUGCAUUUGUACAUAGUCUAUAUAUAGGUAUAGAUAUAUUAUAUAUAUAAAUGAAAAGCAUCUCACUACACCCACCCCAAAAGUUACAUUGUGGCGGGGGGAGGGGGGACAAUCAUUUCUUAAUGCUCUGAUUUGAUUCCCCAAAGGCAAACGUUGGAAUGUUCUCAUUGCUCUUUGUGCACUUGGAGGGGGAGACCCGACUACCUUUAUGCACUUUCUUGGUGUCACGUUCUACGUGGUGGGGGGAGACGUGGCGGAGAGAAACCUAGUGGACCUCUACGACGCAUGGCUGUGCCGUGUCUGCUUUGUGGAGCGGAUGAGGUUCUUCUGCCCUAUGUGUUAUCACUUGGGUUUAUUGGCUACAAUAAACAGAUCGUCUCCC